AUGAUUUCACAGCAUUCGGAUAUUGUCGGUAAAUCCCGGGCUGCUCGUCGUGUCGAUGUGGACUUCGGGUUUUCUCGUGGUCCUGGUGGCAGUAGUAGUAGUUCAGGGUCGGGUGCGGGUGGAAAUAAUUCGGGAUUCGGGUCUCAAUUGUCCACAAUUCCACCUGGAUUGUCUGUAGGUGGUAAUAACACCGGUGGUUCUGCUAGGGGGUCUGGUGGUGCUAUUAUUGGUGUGGCUUCAGGAGCUAGUGCAGCUAGUGGACUUGGUGCUGGUGUUGGCGGUGGUUCAAACGGAUCAUAUCCCCCAUCUCGAACCACCACUCCAGCUUUAGACCCUGAAUCGUUUCCUACACUUGGGUCCAGUGUCCAAUCAUCCAACAGCUCGUCAUCUAACUCCCGAUUACCAGCAUCUGUAACCGCAUACCAUGCCAACCUGCCACCAUCUGACAAUUCUCCGGAAAUGCUGAAACGACGACUGGAAGAACGAGCUCGUCAGUAUCUCAACUACGAUACAAGUAAAAUGGCCAAGUUCCAGGAACUGACUAGCAAGUAUAAAGACGGCCAGCUCGACUCGAAAAUGGUCGUGUUCGAGUAUAAUCGGCUAUUUGAUAUCAAACCAGCUCAACUCGAGCUGCUGAUUCAAGACCUGGCUGUUCUGUACAAGAACCUGCCGUCAAAACGCAAUGCUCUUAUUAGUGCUUUUGACGAUUGGAAAUCCAAACAAGCGUUUCCGGCACUUGCUUUAGCCUCAUCUGCCUCGACUUCACCCUCUUUCAGUUCGAGUUCUGGUUUGUCGCAUUCGCUGCCCGGAUCGAAAACAAACCUUUCUUCAUCCUGGGUCUCGGCGAAUCGUGCCACUCCCGGAUCUAUAAAGACAUCUCUAGCAUCCAGUUCUCAUUUCCCGUCGCUUUCAGGGGCCACUCCCUCAGCAGCCAAACCUCCACCUGUGUCUUCAUCCAGUCCCGGUAAUUUGAGCCCUGUAUCUGCCACUGCCAAGAGCUUCUCAACUGCCUCUCUCAUUGGAUCCGCUAAAGUCAUACCUCGAGCAUCUCCCUCACCUGCUGCAGCUGCAAAACUGUCUGACAGUUCAUUCCCAUCACUCCCAGCCGCCAAACCCAAACGACUACCACCCGUACGAGCCAAGACCACAUCCACCCCCGGCCCCUCUGUCUGGACAUCCGGACUCUCUGCCACGCCAGUCGACGACUCCCCCCCUCUUUCCUCCUCGACUCCUCCACCCACCUCCAACAAAAAGAAAGGCAAAGGCAAGCAGGUGCUCUUCCGUCUCGGAGCCUUUGAAAACUAG